AUGCAGGUGGAUCCUCAUUCUAUAUUUGUGAAUGCUUCAUGUAUGGAUUUUCUUUUAAUUGAAAUGGUUCCUUUAAUGAAACGAUUAACAUUGAUGACAAUGUCUUCUCCCCAGAUUCCUAAAUAUUUGGGCUCUGAAGCAUCUAAUUUAGCAGCUAUUCAGUAUGAAGAUGAUGAACGGGAGGCUGUUUAUGAUAAAUUAGUAUCUUUAGGUUUUAAAGUGGGUCAAAGGCUUGUUGAACGUAGAUUUUCACGAGAUAAACCACGUUUUUCGGGGCAUCUUGAUAUGAUCAAAUUUAUUUGUAAAGAUUUAUGGAUGUUGCUUUUUAAAAAACAAGUUGAUAAUCUUAAAACAAAUCAUAAAGGUGUUUAUGUUUUAACUGACCAUUGUUUUUUAUGGUUUUCGCGAAUGUCAACAAAAAUAGGUGGUCAAGACGCAAUUGAUAAAGCACAAAUUUUCCUUUGGUUUCCAUGUGGUAUGCUUCGGGGUAUUAUGGCUAACUUGGGAGAACAAUGUAAUGUUUCCGCAGAUAUAUCAGGACUCCCUGGUUGUACAUUUCAAAUUAAAUUAAUUAAUUCAUAA